UCCACGAUGUCGACGACGAGAUUGCCUAACAUCCCGUCUCUUCGCAAAUACCAACUGAUCCAGGAGCAUGCAAGCCUGAAACAUGCAGCUCCCCCUGGGGUCUAUGUCAGCCUCAGUCCUGGUGACCCCUCUCUCUGGUCCUGCGUGAUCUUCGUCCGCUCCGGCCCUUACGCUUCCGCCAUCCUCCGAUUCCGGAUACGCUUCCCCCCGUCCUAUCCUGAUCGCCCACCGCUCGUGACAUUCGCUACGGACGUCUUCCAUCCCCUCAUUGUACCCCUCACCACAUAUACUUUCAGCACUGGCGUAUCAAAUGAAGACCCUGUCAGCGCAACGGAUGAAGAGCGGUUGCCCCCGGGAGGCUUCAGUCUUAGACACGCAUUUCCCCAUUGGUUUGGAAGGGGGAGACAUGCUCCCUCAUCGAGGACUGUGAGUCUCAAUGGCUCGAAUAAAGGGGGUGCAGAGGUAAACCUCCACAAAGAUCCUACGCAAGAGACUUCAGCGCCAAAUCCAGAUGAGAGCGAGGGCGGGGAACAAGACGACAAAGAAGGGGAAGGAGAAGAACGGACAUCUGUUGAUAUUGCUCCAGCAGAAGCUCCAAAAAUGAGGAUAUCAGUCCCGGUUCUAGAGAUUCUAGAUUACAUCCGAACUUCGUUCGAUGAUGAGGCUGUCCUUGAUUCUGUGCCGCUCGAGGCUGCUGGGAACCCAAGUGCAUGGCACGCAUGGAGAGCUCACCGAAAAGAAGCCACCAACUCUACCGAGACAGAGAGCACCAAACGUGAUAACCCUCAAGCACGACUUCCGGGUGAUUGGCAUUGGGAUGGUAUUUGGGCCAAGCGUGUUCAACCUGAAAUCGAAGCAAGUCGAUCGGAUGCGACACUCUUCGGAAGCGCUUCCCGAGGGCCCGAUGAAACGGUAUUUGGCUGA